AUGGGUGUCGAAUUACCGCGCAUGGUCACGGAGCACCCGUCCAUUGUCGCAUGUGAGGAAGCCAUGGUAGAUACCAUUUUCCUGUGCGUGGCCAAGAAACUUUGUCGACGCAGAUCCAAACUGACAGGUCUUCACAGCCACAAUGAUCUCUUGUCUGUGCGAAACGACCUGAAAAACGGCGUCGAGCAUAAUAUCGUGAUUCGGCUAUGCGAUGUGGGCCUGACCAUGCAAGAGGCUGUAGAUAGGGUCGGAGAAAUGCUCCAGGGCUGCUUCGAGAAAUGGCACACUAGUAGGGCACAGAUACCGUCCUGGGAUGGGCUCAUCGAUCAAAAUGUGCAUAAGCUCCUGAAUGUCUAUAGGGAUUUGGCACUAGGAAGCCUCUACUGGAGUUAUGAGACUGGAAGAUAUGUCAUUCCAGGCAAUGAGAAGGGUGAAAAGGUCGAAGUCCUCAUGUUCCCGCCAGCGGAGAGGCAUUGA